UGAGGGCACCGAGAACAAUCCCAAAAACAAAGAGCACCCAGGAAGGAAAAACAGAGUCAGUGAGGGAAUCUGCUUAGAGACAGGACCAGGGAUUUGGAGAUAAGGAAGGAACGGGAGAAACCAGCAGGUUCAGAAAAUGUUUCUAAUGGACACGGACUGCUGCUCAGACAAGGUCCUGCUAAAUUCCUGAACACGGAAAAGAAGAACAAAGAGUGAACAGAGCCAUGAAUAUCGGAUGUUUGACAAAAGGGGGGGUGCAGAUUAACGAGGACAGGCAGGAGGCGGACCGGGAAGUCUGAACUUUCCAAGGACCUUCGCCACGGAGCAAAGGCAGAGGGAGAUGCAGACGGGGAAAUUCGGAUCAAAAGGAGGCUGCGUACUCCAACAACUGCAGAGACCCCAUGGCAAAUGCCGCAUGGCCUCUCCCUUUGUUCAGCAAUAAAGUCACUUUGACAGGACUCCUCCGUCUCCUUUGGCCACACAAACCUCUGGCGACGGGAAUUUUCUCGCCCGCUCCCGGCCACACGGCAGCCACCUCCGUCCUACCCACACGAACCGGGACGAGGCAGCGCCGCUCCGGGCCCGGCUCCUGCCCAGGCCCCGGCGGGAAGGAGAGCGCGGGCAGCCGCUGCCGCAGCGCCCUCAGGCCACGGCCAACACGGCGCCCACACGGCACAAGGAAGCCGCCACAGCCCCCUGCCGCCCCCUCCGCCCGCAGCCAUGGCCCAGCCCCGCCAGAAGCCAGCGCGGCUCCCACCUGCGCUGGGGCCGCCUCCGAGCUCCGCCGCCGCCUCACCGGGCUCCGGCCGCUGCCGCCGCUCCCGGGCCCGCACACGCGCUCCGCCAAUGGCGCCUCUGCUGCCACACGGCCCACCGGGGGGCGGGCCCGGCCCCGGCCUGCUCCCCGCUCUGCCCAAUCAGCGCCGCACAACCACGACUGACGCCACAAUCAGCCAAUCGCACACAGCCAGCCCCGGGCUCUGCACACGGCCCAGCCUCGGCCCGCGCUCUCAGCGCCCCCCGGGCUGUGUGAGGGGAAAGGCGGAGAUGAGGAACAGCCCUGGCACGGGCCCGGGCCCGAGGCGGCAUCGAGCUGCAAACACCAACAAAGUUCUCCGCACCUCCCGGCCCGCCUUUCCCAGCGCUGCGUGUUCGCUGCCACCGGCUCCGAGCAAAGCCGUGCUGGAGGUGCUGGUGGCUGUGAUAGCCACCCUGGGCGAGCUGGCGGCCGUCGUGGCCGGGUCAGAUGAGGACGUGCUGCGGGCCGAGUCCCGCGAGUCCCUGCGCGGGCCCCUGAGGAAAUUCACCUGGACCCUGCGCUGCACCCUGCGCCGCCACCAUGUCACCCCCCCGGGCCACCGCGGUGUCACCCCCCUGGGCCAGGCCCUGACCGCCCUCGAGGCCACCCCGGGGGCCACCUGGGCCAAUGUGAGAGCCGCGGUCAGAGCCUGGCAGAACGCGGUGGAUGCGCUUGCCGAGAUCUGGCUCUGGGUGGUUGAGAAGGCCGCUGAACUCCGCAGGAGCACGCAGAACUUUUACUGGAGUGGACAGCCAGCAGAGGUGGCCAAGGGGCUGCUGUGGCGCUUGGUGGCUGCGUGUGACAAAGCCACGGUGUUCCCCUGGGAGCUGCUGCGCCGGCUCAGGGACAUCGAGGCCGCCCUGGAGGAGACAAGGGAGGUGUCCCCUUAUGUCCCUGAGGCCUUGGUGGCCGCGGUGGCCGAGGCUGAGCAGCUGUGGGAGGCCAGCACCUGCCUGACCACGCGUCACCUGCUGGGGACACUUGCGGACAUCUGCGCCCUCCUCUCGAGUCACCCUGAUGUCCCUGGUGGCCACGCAGUGGCCGAGCAGUGCCAAAGAGCCAUCAAGGACAUCCCGAGGCUGCUGCGGACACAGCAAGAGAAUGGUGUUAGCUCCAAAGACAGGUGUCUGCUGCGGGAUCGAGCUGCAAACACCAACAAAGUUCUCCGCACCUCCCGGCCCGCCUUUCCCAGCGCUGCGUGUUCGCUGCCACCGGCUCCGAGCAAAGCCAUCAGUUUUCCUAGCCCUGAUUCGCCGCGUCGCAUUCCCGCAUGUCUGCAACUGUCACCGGGUCCUGUUCGCCUCCUGGAGUGUCCCCGGAGUGUCCCUGGAGUGUCCCCAGUGGCCAUGGAGCCCCGCAAGCUGCUGGAGGCGCUGGUGGCAGUGGUGGCCACCCUGGGCAAUCUCCUGGCCAUUGUGACCGGGCCAGACAGGGACAGACUGCCAACCAUGUUCCCAAACUCCCUGUGUGCAGAGCUGAGGAAAUUCACCUGGCACCUCUGCUGCACCCUGAACCACCGCGGUGUCACCUCCCUGGGCCAGCGCGAUGUCACCUCCCUGCACCAGGCCCUGGCCGCCCUCGAAGCCAACCCAGGGCCCCCCUGGGCCCGUGUCCCUGUGACAGCCGCGGUCAGUGCCUGGCAGGAGUCAGUGGCUGCGCUCACAGAGAGCUGGGACCGGCUGGCCGGGGAGGCCACCAAGCUCCGUGACAACCACAGGAACAUGGGCACCUGGAGUGAGCAGGGGCAAAUGGCCCUGAGGCUGCUGGGGCACUUGGUGUCCAUGUGUGACAGAGCCACCGUGUUCCUCUGGGAGCUGCUGCGCCAGCUCGGGGACAUCGAGGCCACCCUGGUGGAGACAAGGGAGGCGUCCCCCAGUGUCCCCAAGGCCUUGGUGGCCGCAGUGGCCGAGGCCGAGCGGCUGUGGGAGGCCAGCACCCGCCUGACCCCACAUCACCUGCUGGGGACACUUGGGGACAUUCACAGCCUCCUCGUGAUUCCCUAUGACAAUCCCAGUGGCCCUAGUGACCUCGGUAGCCACCCAGUGGCUGUGCGGUGCCAAAAAGCCAUCAGGGACAUCUCAAGGCUUCUGGGAGGAAAGUGAUGUCACCGCUGUGACAUCAUUGUGGUGGUGACAUCAUUGGGAACAUCGCUGGUGUCACCUGUCCCCUCCCUCCUCUCCAUGCAGUCUUUGAGACAAAUUUGGGGAAUUUUCCUGGAAUUUUCAUUGAAACUGUCCCAAAUGCCGAUGGAAAUUCUUGGGCUGACAUCACUGGGGACACUGUAGGGACACUUGGGGACACACAGAGACAUGGGAGCAGGGGGUGAACGAGCCCUCUUGGUGCCUUGCAGGAGAGGCAGCAGUCUGGAGUUAUAAAAGACAAUAUUCAUGACAAUAUUAAUGACAAUACAAUAUUGGCUUUCACAUUCACGUAUCAGCUUUUGCACACUUUUAUUGAUCAAAAUGAUUUUGAUACGGUACAAUUUAUAAUUCCUUUCAGAUGCUUUUUGGUAUAAGAUACUCUAUCAGUUGAUGUGUGCACUGUGUAGCUCACAGAAAUGGUAGUGUAAUAAAUCAAUUUCAAAUCAUAGACCUUAGCGAAAAUUAAAACAGAGACUGCACAAUGCUAAAAUGCUUUUAUAUUACAAAUAUACUAACUAAGUUUUAUAUGAUAACUAAUUCAGAGAAUAGCAUUAUGUUUAUCUGAAAGACAGGUGUGUGCUAUGGAGGGCAGGGCCUCCCUUGGAAUGGAAAAUUAAAACCCGCUCCCUCCGAAUUAUUAUAAUUUUGAAAAUUAAUGGGUUCUCAGGCAGAGGAGUGGGGAUAGGAAUAGCAGUUCUGUACUGGUGUGUAUAACCAGGCAAACAAACAACCCCAAGCCCAGCAUCAAUAACAACCAGAAGCAGAAGCCAGGAACACUUCCCUGAGCGCGGCCCUUUCCCCUUUGGUGCAGUUCCGGGCACGGCCGGCAGGGGCGCUGGUGGCUCCCGGUGGGCGGGGCAGGGGCGAUGAUCCCCCCGCGGCUGCAGGGGGCGCUGUGGGGCGGGCUCGGGGAGCAGGCGGGGAUGGCGGCUUUGUCCGAGAGGGGAAGGGAUGGAAGGGAUGGAUCAGGAACUGCGGAGCUGUGGGGGAAGGGAUGGAAGGGAUGGAUCAGGAACUGCGGAGCUGUGGGGGAAGGGAUGGAAGGGAUGGGUCAGAAAGGGACUGUAAUUGGUCGGGGGGGGGCAAAAGAUGGCCCCAGGAUGGAUUAGAAUGGGGACCCUUUCAUGCCCCUGCCAUGUAACCGCAUAAUGGGGACUCCUUGGGAGGCACCUGAACCCAGACAUGGCACUCAGCAAACCCCAAAAGGCACUGGGACCCCUCUAAGCUGCCAAGGAAAUUUGAGAAGGGGGCUCAUGGGGUGUGCCCAGGCUGGGCCAAGAGUCCAAUCCUGCUCCAGCCUAAACUUCCACGGCUCCAUCCCAGGGAUUAAAAGGAGGAGUGGGACCCCUCCCAAUGGAAUCUAGGGGGUCUCAUCCCCAUUUAUUUAAAGCCGGCACCUCCUGGCAGCUAUUUUCUGGGAAGAAUCCCUGAGUUUAGGAUUUUUGGGGUUUAGUUUUGGAGAAGGACAGCUCUGUCUGGCUUUCCCCUCCCUUUUGGGGCCUCUCAGCUGCCCCCAACACCCUGGGGCUGCUGGGAUUUCCCUCCUGGGGACAAGGACGUUCAUUCCCUUCCAGGACCCCAAUGCACAGAGGAGGGUCCAGGUCAGGGGCUCCUUGAGCAGCUGCCCCACAACCUCUGCCAGGGUCUCCCAGCACAGCUGGAGCCGCUGGGCCUGGGGUCCCCAAAGCCCUCAGCAAGGCCCAAGUCCCUGCCAGGAACCCUCAACUCCCUCAAACCCAGCAUCCCCCACAGCCCCUGCAAGUUCCCCCCAUGGCACCGGCCAGGGCCAUGUCCCCAGAUGUCACUGGCCAUGUCCCACCAUGCCCUCACCCAGGGCUGUCUCCCCACCACGUUUCCAACCCUGUCAUCGCCCCCCACGUCUCCAUCUGUGCUUGUGUCUCGUCAGAUCCCCAUGAAUGGCUAUGUCCACUUCCAUGUCCAUGUGUCCCCAUCUCACUCUCCAUUUCUGUGUCCCACCAUGUCCAUGUGUCCCCAUUCCCCCACCCAUGUCUUAGUUCAAUGUCUUUCUUUUGCCCCACUGUUGGGUAUUUUGAAGGGAUGAAGAGAAAUGAAAAUCAAAUUAAGGCCAAAAGAAAAGGGUUUCUGUGUCCGUGUUGGCUGAUGAUCCACAUGCUUGGGUGGGACAGAACCGUUUUUGGAGGGGUUUCCACCCCACUUUCACCAAAAUCUUGGUUUUCCCCCCAGUCCAUCUCCAUUUGGCUGUGGAACACUGCACAAUAGGAAAUCAAAAUCAUUGAAUCCCUGAGGCAGGAAAAGACCUCCAAGACCAUCCAGCAUUCCUUGAUGCCACCAGAAGAUAGCAUUGAACACAAAAGAUUUUAUUGGCUUGAAAGCCAACAAACCCACUCUCCCCAAGGAAUUCCCAGUGUCGGUCUGUGUCCCCAUGGAUGUUCCUGCCCGUGUUCAUCCAGGUACCAACAGGGAGAACGGAAAAUGUGGAGCAUCCCAGCCAGGUGUCUUCCCAACAGGGAUCACCAGGACCACGGAUCACCAGGGCUCUGCCCAACGGGG